AGUCACGCAGUCAUGCUUGACUAGAUCGACGUAACUAGGAAAAUAACAAAGAAUAGCCGUCGCUGGGAAACCUACAUCAUUAGAUUGCAAGGAGAAAGGAUUUCCAAAAUGGCAAAAGAGCUGCUUGUGAAAUUAUGGGACUUUCGACCGAUUUUCUACGCUGUGAUAACCCGUGUUUUGUUCUUUAUACAUGGAUUUCUGUCUGUGUGGCUUCUAGCACACUGUUUGAAUAAGAUUGAGUUCUGGGCAACCAUUUUGGGCAUUGUUCUGUUGUUCUUCGAAAUGGUUUACACGUUACUUGCUCGCAAAGGACAAGAAUACAAGUAGUAAGUAUUGAAAGUAACGCCUCCUGGUGGAUUUUAUUCAUCUCACAAGGCUGUGUUUCAAAAAUUCAAACUAAAUGGAAACAUAGAUUAAUAGUAUCUGACAACUUAACAUACAUGUAUGUACUUUAACACUGCUUUUAAGCUUUCCACGAUCAUGAAGACGUAAGUCAGCUUAACUGGAUUGGACUCGUGAUACGCUGAUACUCGUUCGCACCGUCGUAGCACAGAGCCGAGGUUUUCUCUUUUUUUUUUUUUUAAUUCUUCGUAAAUCUUACCUUUGACAGCCAGUGACCUCUUACCUACUUACUUGUUUGCAAUUAGACCACAUAACUGAUGCAACUCAAAAACAGGAUCAUGGUGUAGUAAGAAUCGUUCUUGAUGUCAUUUUCCUGCAUCAGUUAAUGAUUAUCAAAGGGUUAAAUGAAAAAAUAUGAUAGCGUAAGAAAAAAAAUAAUAAAGAAGAAAUAUAAACCCAAACACUUGUAAAGAAGUGAACAGCACAUUCAUUAUAUUAUGUACAUCGUAGAUCACACUCAUUUCAUUUUCCAUUGGGAGUGAAAAAUGUAGUGCUAGUAAAGGGCAAAGAGAAAUUUCCCAGAGACCUACUAUGACAGAAAUAAGAAUGAGCUCUCUUUCCAUUUCAUUAAGUAUACAUACAAAAUUUAGCCAUGUUGGUUACAUACAUGUAAAAAACAUGACUGUGCUUUAUCAAACACACCAAUAACAACAAACUAAGCAAUACAUAAACUUUUGAUUUUGUGGCUGACAAAGACUAGCAGUAAUAGCAGCAGAAACAUUGUGAUCAAUACAAGAUUGGUUAGCCUGACUCUUACAUAAUGAGACGAAUGAUUGACCGUUCAUUUAUUGCUAAAAAACCAAGAUGAACAUCAACAUUUUCUGUAAAAUGUUAAGACCAUGUCCACGUUCUGAACCUUAGAAAUGACUGUUUUAACAAUUGAUCAGUCUUAAGCUGAUUUGAGCAGUAAUGCACUGGUGCAGAGUUAAACAUACUGCAUGCAAAUUGCAAAUUAUGAUCUAAUGCAAUUUUUCAAGAACACAUUUUCUUUCUUCCAGUUUUUGGCCAAGCUGUUUCUUCUACAUGUCUACAAUGAUUCCAGUGAUAUGGAUUUUAGAAAUAGAUCUUCUAAAACAGCGUGUAGAUCCAACACAGCCACCAAGGGUAAAUGGAACUGUACAAUCUCAAGAGAAUAUUCCUGGGGUAAGUUUUUUUUCCACACGGUCCAGUUGUUCCUUCAAGAAACAUUGGCUGAAUAACGUGCUUGAAUAUUCUGUUGAAUGUAGAGCAAGGAAAAGAAAAUGAAAUUAUUGUUUCCUAAAAAGCAUGCUCUGUAAGGUAUUUCUCAAACAGGCUAUGCAAGGGCUGGUCCAGGAAUGUUUGAAGAGAGGGCAGGAGGGAAGUUGGAAGUGUUUCCUAAAUUUGAGUCAGAAAACACUUCUAAAACGUUAAGUGAUAUUUCAGUAUGUGUAAAUUUUAAAUACUUCAAGUUGAGUUGUAAUGGGCAAUCCUGUUGUUGUGAGAAUUUUGGUUUCAGAUGAGUGUUGACUAUCAACAAUAAAAAUACCAACAGGUCUGAUGGGAGAAAGGGGGAGAGGGGGGGGGAAGAAGGGGUCUAAAAAAGUGAAAUUUUACUCAUUCUGCGACAACUGCAUAAUGUAAUUGCAAUUCAAAUUGGAUGUGCAUUUGUUUUCUUUCAGCCAUACAUUUUACUACUAAGUGAGAAUCAUGAAGAAAACAGUUUUAGAGCUGUAUCCUCUCGCAGGCAUUCCUUCCCAGAUCCUUACAAUGAAUGGCUUUUGCUGUGCUUGUACUCAAACACAAAUUUAGCUUUUUGGUCUCUGUUCUCUUUGCCUGCUGUUCAUGCUAGCUUGCUUUUCCAGCUGAAAACCUCCAUUCUCUGCCUUCACAGCUGCUUUAAUUGAGAGAAAAUACAGUUAAUGUCAUUAAAUGUACCCAUUCUCUGAAUGUUGUGUGAAGAAAAUUUGUGAAAAAUAACAUGUCCCUUUCUUUCAAGUGUUUAUUUUUUAAAUAUGGUAAUUUUUUAAUUUGCAGUGUCUUGGAAAUGUGGGUACAUCAACACUAGCCAAACAGAUAUGUGAACUGGGUCUGAUCAUUGGAAUAAUCAUUGGAAGAUGGCUUCUACCAAGAGGUGAGAUUACCCGUGACCAGCUGUCAGCUCUUUUAUUGGGUUAUGUUGGCACUGCAGCAGACAUUCUUGAAUUAUUUGAAGUCCUUCAAGAAGAUGUUGUUCAAGCUGAGAAGUCAGUGACAUUUGCAGUGCUAGGUGUGUAUACAUGGAGCUUGUUACAGUUUUGUCUUGUCACCACAGCCACAACUGGAAAGAACAACCAGAUAAGGAUCACAAACAACAAGGUGGGUUGACUGUGCACUCAACAUCAGGGAGGGUUUGAAGUGAAAAUGUAAUAACAUAGUUAAUUCAGUCCUGAAAUAAUUUCCAUCAGAUAUCUCAGGAAUACAAUGUGCUUGUUCUUACCUCUUGGCUGCCAGUAAACAAACUUUCCAUAUAAUAUUUAAUUUGACACACUUUCAAGCAUGCAUAACAUCCAGGGGAUCAUAGCCCAGGACUUGGUAGCUAAAACUCUUUGGUCAUUGACAUGUAGUUGGAAAAUAAAUUUCUAGAACUGAGGUGUAAAAAGGUUAUUUUUUAUACAAAGGUAGAUUGUUUUGCUGUGGAAAACUAGAUUGACCCGAUUGCUCAGUCAAAGUUUCCUUAAAAGUUAAGAUUUCAAGUGUACCAGUAUACCUUAUUUUGCAAAUCUCUUUCUUUGAAAAUAACAGUCUGGGACAAACUUUGCUUGGACUUUGGUAAAAACAUGUAAUUUUGACCUUCCAGCAAGACCAACAAAACAUGUCACAGCACUCCUCUUUUUAAGGUUAGAUAUUACAAGAGUGCAGCAUCCUGUUACUGAAAAUUUAUUCAUUCAACAUCACACCAUCACAGUGAAGGGAGAAGCAAAAUUAGGAACAGAAAAGAAAUAACUCACAAUCAGAUUAGGGUUCAUAGAGUAUUUGUCUUCAGUUGCUUGUCAUUUCAAACAUAAUCUAUUCCAUCAAUUGCUAAAAGGAACAACAUUCGGAAUACAAGCUAAGAAUAUGGUUUAUUGUUAUUAUAGUUCGUAUUCUAUCAGUUUUGAUUCAAAUCCUUUGAACUUUGGAAUUUGAAUUAAACUUUUCAGGUAGUAUGUGUAUCAAAAUGAAGGGAGAAAGUUUUUAAAAGAUACUUUGAUUCUGCAUUGGUAGGGGGUGUAGCAAGAAAAUGUUCUUUUUAUCCACUGAGUUGAUAAUGUAAUUUUGCCAUUGUAAAGUGUUUCUAAAGCUGCUGUUUUGAGCGUUUGCACUUCUUCAUGCCCUUUAAGAGUUAAUGCUCAAAACAUCAGUUCUUAAAGGUGGCAAAUUUACUUUAUCAGCUCAGUUGGUAAAACCAAAUUAUCUAGUAUGUUUAUGUGUGUACUAUUAUUUGGAACACUUAUCACAACCAUGUCAAAAAAAUUGUUUCCAGGUUUCACCUGAUGAUGUCAUAAACAGGAAAAUAAGUCUCCAUAGGUAUGAAAAACAAGAAGAUCUCAAGGAGAGAUACAUUCAGAGAUUACAGAUGAAACGUCGCCAAACAGAAAUGAAUGUCUUGCGUGGAAAGGGAUACAAAGGUGAAAAGAAGGAAAAGAAAAUUUACCCAAUUACAACUGCCAGGGGAGAGGUAAAAGAGAUCUCUCGGCGAGAAAUGCUGCUUCAUGGUGACAUAUUUGGCAUCCUGACUGGCAUCUUCAUGCAAGAUGGACCAUUUUUGAUCCUGCGACUACUAUUGAUAAUCAAUUACCAAGUAUACAGUGAGAUGCAUAUUUUCUUCACAUGUAAGAAUGCCAUUGCUUUGAGUCUGCUGGUGUAUAGAUUGUGUAUUCUGACCUGUACUGGUGAAGAUGAGGAAGACCUUGAACACGAGGAACAAGAAUCCAGGUUACAAAAUGUCCAACAAGCAGUUUUAAGUGAGAACUUUAAGAAGGCAGGUGCCAUACAACUGGCAGGUUGAUGGCAGUAAUUCUUUCUACUGCUGUUUAAUGUGGCUUUGGUACAUGUACAUGCUUUACUGAAUCAUAGCCAUCCACAAUAUUUUAAAAGCAUGGUUAUGCCUUAAUUUUUCUUUCUUUUUACAAAAAAGAGUUGCUGAGAAGUAUGUAUAAACACCUGCAAACACUUUAUUUGUAGGAUAAAAGUAGACAAUCCUGAGUAGAAAGGAAUUGCCUGUUUGGGUGAUCAAUAAGAACACAAGGGAAAAAAAAUAAUCGUCGAAGUUAUUAGUGCUCAGAUACGCCAUUUUAAAUUAAAUGUUGAUUGCUGUUGAUUCAACAUCACAUUGAUGUGUAUACAAAAGAGCCACAAUGAACCUGUUGGAGUCAUUAAAAGUUACUCAUUUGCUGUUUGUUGGCUUGUUUUAACUUGACAAAGCACCAAACUGUAUUUAGCCUAUUUAAUGAACAGACAAUUACUGUACCUUGGCAUGAAUGUUACCUUUGUAUGAGGUAGCAAAUGAAUAAUCUGUACAGGACAUUUCAAACUAAUAUAAACGUGAACGCAAAUUAAAUACUCACUGUAUCAUAAAAGACUGUGAACACUACUCAAACUACAAGAACUAUGUUGAAUUUAAUAGGUUUUUAACCAUUUCACUUGUUGGCUUUUGUUUUGAUGAUCAUUUUGUUAAUGAUUAAAAAUAAUUUAGAUCAGCUUUUUUCAAACGGUAUUGUUGACUGUGAAACUCCCUUGUAAAUAGUUAUUUAUUUCAACUUAUGAUCUAUUGAAAGUUAAAUUAAAGUUCUUCUGUAUCCUUUACUUGAUUUGCCUGCAAGCUUCUCUGUUAGUGUUUACAAUUUUUUUUGUAACUAUUGUGCGCUAGGACUAGUAAAAAUUUUAUCUGGUUAUUUUUAGAAGGUUUGUAAGUCAUGCUUUGUUUGAUUUGACAGGAGAGGAAAAUAUGUUUACUUCAGUUUGUAGUAUUGAGCUUCUGAAAGACAAGACAAAAACACUAUUAUACAUGCUUAAUAUCUCAUAUUUUUUGAUACUUAAGACAACUGAUAAAAACAAGGUAUUUUGUAGUGAAAUGGAGAUAGUUGUGUGUGGAAUUUUUUCCAUGAUUAGAACAUGCCUUUGAGAGGUAUUCAGAUAACAUUUUAUUUAAUGAAUCUUAAAAUCUAAGUAAAGGUGGACUUAUAACCUUGUAUAUGGUGUCAAGGAUUUGCAAGCAAUAUCACAAUAAAUACCUGCUUUCAUCAACAAGUUACACUUGAAAAAUAAGCACAGGUUUCAAUUAGUUCUUGUCUGCAAUUGACAUCAACCACAUGCUUUAAAGGCUUCACAUAUCCUUUAUAUGCUCUAAGUUACCUAAAGAAUGAACUAGAAGUUUCUAGCCAAAUUGCCUAAACCUAUUAAUGGAGGAAGUGAUGCUUAUUGUAGAGAUG